AUCGCAGCGGCGAAGGGGGAAGAACCAAGAGCGACCCAGACGACUGCUCCUGCACAGGUUUCUAUGUCGUCCAGAACAGGAGUUUAAGUUCCCGCACUUGGGCUACCUUUCCGUGUAUUUUGUCAUGUCUAAUAGUAAAACAAGUCCAAAUAACGCUAAUAAUAGCAGAGGUUCAAAGCGGAACUUGCCCUCAUGGAUGACAUCAAGGGAAAACGAGAAAAAAAGCUGUGGGGAGAAAUCAAUGGGGGCUGGUGAGGAUGAGAAGUCUUCUGAGUGUGAGACACCUAACAAGAGCAAAGGCCAGGAUGAAGGGAAAUUUGUCGGGACGACCUCCAAGAAAGCUGAAAAUAGUGGAAAAUCUACAGCUCCUAGUUUGGAAUCAAAAGGCUUCUCUAAACUUCUGGAAGGGGUAGUUUUCGUGCUGUCUGGUUUUGUCAAUCCUGAGCGCAGCAUUUUGAGGUCCCGUGCCCUGGAAAUGGGGGCGGAGUAUCAGCCUGACUGGAACUCGGAUUGCACUCUCUUGGUUUGUGCAUUUCCAAAUACCCCCAAGUUUCGGCAAGUUGAAGCUGAUUGUGGAACAAUUGUUUCAAAGGAUUGGAUAUUAGAGUGUUAUGCCCAAAGGAAGCUUCUCGAUAUUGAAAGUUACCUCAUGCAUGUGGGGAAGCCAUGGCGUAGAACGGAUAAAUUGCAGGAAAUAGAUGAAGGGCAAAAAUCACCCCUCCCCAGCAAAUCUGCAAAGCAUACUGAAAGAGAAUCACCUUCAAAGUCAUCCACCUCAACAAAAUUAAAGGGAAGUAAAAAUGAUCCUUUCAAGAAAUGCUUUUCUGCUUCUGAAGUGAAGAAGUGGGCUAUUGAUGACAUGAAUAGAACAGUUGAGUGGCUGGAGAGUCAAGAAGAAAAGCCAGACCCAGAUGAGAUAGUGAAAAUAGCUGCAGGGGGGAUUCUUACUUGUUUGCAAGAUGUAAUUAGUUCCCUCAAGGAAAAACAGGAUGUCCGCAAAGCAACUGAGGACUGGAACUUCAUUCCUCGAGUCGUAGAAGAGCUGGCCAAAUUUGAUGUUUCAGGAAACAAUACAGCCUCGAUAUCAAAGGAAGAUUUACGCAGACAGGCUCUGGAGUGUAAACGUAUUUAUGAGGUGGAACUUGACAAUUUUGAUGAUAGACGGAAAAAGAAGUCAAAGGGAAAUGAAGAACAGACUAGCAGAAACGAAAGAACAAAAGCCAAUUCUGCUGGUGUACCCGCAUAUGACAGUGAUGAGACAAUUGAGAUGACUGAAGAGGAAAUAGAUCUUGCAUACAAGAAUUUGGCCUCUACAGUAUGUAAAACCUGAUUGAAUCUGUCACCUCGAGGAUCUGGGGCUGUUAUGUGGGCUUAACUGGUUUUCAGCAGAACUUUAUACUUGAGUGAAAAAUUGAAUAGAUGGAAAAGGCUAGCUUUGUGUUUGGGUGGCCUCUGUUUUUUCUUUUAGUUGGCCUUGUAAUGUUCCAAUUGUAUCUCCUACCUCCGGACACAAGUGUUAUUUUCCAUCCUCGAUUCUACCUCUUAGUGGUUAAGGUGCAAAGCCCUUUCAGUUACAAAUCCUCGUAUCGUUCAGAAAUGCAUAUUUCAUAUUCUUCUAUCCCUA